AUGAUUGUGCGGCCUGCGAUGGCAAGCCUGAGCUGCCGUAGCUGCCAAACCAGUCUUUUCAGAGCCAUUUUGGCGGCAGGCCGUCCUGGAAUUCCAGCAACGGUGCAAUAUCUACACUCCAGACUGAAUCCUUCACUGCCUGCCCAGCACCAGCGGAACCUGUCGACAACAAGACGCCUACGACUCGAAGAAAACACAAACAAAGCGGUCGAAAAUGAGCAAAGUGACGCAAAGCCGAUCGAAGAAGAAGCUACUCCAUGGUUUCUGGAGGAAGAGGCGCCCCAACAUCCGCCUAGCCAGCACCAGCAGACACUGCCUGUCGCCCCAGAAGGUGCGCCGCCGGUCGUGGACCCCAUGAUGAAAUACAUCUUCGAGGACAUGGGUCUGGAUGAUCUCGCGCUCUUUGACCUACGAGAACUUGACCCGCACGCCGCACUCGGACCCAAUCUCAUCAUGGUGUUUGGCACGGCGCGCAGCGAGAAGCAUCUCCACGUUUCGGCUGGUCGCUUCGUGCGCUGGUUACGCAAAAAUCACCGAUUCGAAGCCAAAGCCGACGGCCUCAUUGGCGCCGGCGAGCUGCGCACCAAGCUACGCCGUCUGCGCAAAAAAGCAAAGCUCAUGGGCACCAACGCCACCAUUGUGCCCCGUGGCGACAACGGCAUCUCCACGGGAUGGAUCUGCGUCAGCUUCAGCGCCAGCGACGACGUUGUCUUGGCCGCCGAUGCCAGCUUCGACUCCAGCGGCCGCGUGGCGGGCUUUGAUGCCGGCGCGACAGGCACCACGAUCGUGGUGCAGUGCAUGACCGAGGCCAGGCGCAAAGAGCUUGAUCUAGAGACCCUGUGGGAGGGCAUGCUGAGGAGGAGCAUCCGAGACAGCAGGCAGAUUCACGGAGAGAAACCCCUGUCGGCAGAAGAGCUCAAGGAUGAGGCUGCUUCGCGGCUACAGCUUCCAGAAGACUACAACAAGACCGCGAAGCAAUGGCAGGCCAUGCAAGACGCAUCGCAGAGACGGUAUUUUUCCACCAGCGCACGACGACUCACAGCGGAGAGCACUGCCGAAGAACGCGAAACUACGCACUUGAACCUAGACUCUGUCGCUGCCCACGUUCGGGACUUUCAAGCGUCCGGCGCACCCAUGAGCGCCACGGACCUCGUUAAGCUGAUCCAGCACGUCUUCGCGGCCGGCCCCCACGACCCCGACACCGCCGCCACGCGCAUCGCGCUCGUCGACCAGCUCCUGCUCGCUGGCGAGGAGCGCGGCAUCACGCUCCUCUCCGGCGACAUCCUCGUCACUCUCAUCGAAGCGCUCGUCACGUCGCCCGCCUACGGCCCCGCCCUGCAGCGCGCCCAAGCCAACCUCGAGUUCCUCCUCGCCGAGCGACGCAUAGCGCCCACCCCUGCCCAGCUGCAGCGCCUCAUGCGCGCGCACGCGCACCGCCAGGACUGGACGCGCUUCUGGGACGUGUUCCGCACGCCCGCGCGGUUCCAGCAGCCGCGCGGUCCCGCGCUGUACGAGCUCGCCUACGCGACCGUCGCCGCCACGCGCGAUGCUGCGCUCUGUCUAGACGCCCUGCGCUGGCUGUACGCCGAGAUGCGACGCGAGAAGCCGCCCGUACUGCCGACGGGCGCCGUGUACGACGCCCUGCGCGCGUGCAUCCUCGUCGCGGACCCCGCCGCCGAGGAGCUGCUGCUCCGCCCGCCGCCUCCGUCGAGCGUGCGCACGCUCGAGCGCACGCUCGAGGCUCGGCACCUCGAGCACCGCGAGUGCGUCGUCUUGCUCAGAGACGUCGAGCAAGUCCGCAAGGAGCUACACACUGAGGAGACGAGGCUGGCGAGGGAAAGGGCGCUGGACGCGGAAGUUCGGAGCAGGUUCGAGACGUAG